GGCACUUUCGCCCACCAUGUCUGCCCUCCUCUCCCCCGCCAAUGCGCUCGAGCACCUCAAGACGUACUCCCGCAAUGAUGGUCUGGCCGUCACCGACCUCAUGGACUCGACGCGCCACGGAGGGCUCACCUACAACGAUUUCCUCCUCCUUCCCGGGAAGAUCGACUUCCCCGCGUCCGACGUCCUGACGGAGAGCCGCAUCACGCGCAACGUCGUCCUCAAAACCCCCUUCAUCAGUAGCCCGAUGGACACCGUGACUGAGGGGGAGAUGGCGAUCGCGAUGGCGCUGCUUGGUGGGCUGGGUGUUAUCCACCACAACCAGUCGCCGGAGUCGCAGGCCGCCAUGGUGCGCGCGGUGAAGCGUCACGAGAAUGGUUUCAUCUCGGAGCCCGUCGUCCUCUCCCCGACCCAGACCGUCGCGGACGUGCUCGACAUCAAAAGCCGCCUUGGUUUCUGCGGCAUCCCCAUCACUGACACUGGCGCUGUUGGUGGCAAGCUUGUUGGCAUCGUCACGUCUCGCGAUGUCCAGUUCCGCGAGGAGAACACGCCCCUUUCGCAGGUCAUGACCACCGAGCUCGUCACUGCCCCGCAGGGUGUGACCCUCACCGAGGCUAACACCAUCCUCCGUGACUCGAAGAAGGGCAAGCUCCCCAUCGUCAACAACAAGGGGGAGCUCGUCUCCCUUCUCUCGCGCUCUGACUUGCUCAAGAACCAGUCGUACCCUCUCGCAUCGAAGAACCCGGAGAGCAAGCAGCUCUACGCGGCCGCUGCUGUCGGCACCCGUCCCUCCGACCGCGACCGUCUGGCCCACCUCGUCGAAGCGGGCCUCGACAUCGUCGUCCUUGAUUCCUCGCAGGGCAACUCGGUCUUCCAGAUCGACAUGAUUAAGUAUAUCAAGUCGACGUACCCCAAGCUCGAGGUCAUCGCCGGAAACGUCGUCACCCGCGAGCAGGCCGCGUCGCUCAUUGCUGCUGGCGCUGACGCUCUUCGCGUCGGUAUGGGCUCUGGUUCCAUCUGCAUCACGCAGGAGGUCAUGGCUGUCGGCCGCCCGCAGGCCACUGCCGUUUACGCCGUUGCCGAGUUCUCCAACAAGUUCGGCGUCCCCGUCAUCGCUGAUGGUGGUGUCAGCAACGUCGGCCACAUCGUCAAGGCCCUCGCCCUCGGCGCCGGCGCUGUCAUGAUGGGCGGUCUCCUCGCCGGCACGGAGGAAGCGCCGGGCGAGUACUUCUACCACGAUGGCAAGCGCGUCAAGGCCUACCGCGGCAUGGGCAGUCUGGAGGCGAUGGAGCAGAACAAGCCGGCCGGCAGCAACGCGAAGGUCAACAACGUUCGCGAGUCCGCGUCGAGCAAGUACCCCGCGCCCAAGAACAACCCCACCCUCGAGAACGCGGCGACGUCGCGCUACUUCUCCGAGAGCAGCGUGGUCAAGGUCGCGCAGGGUGUCAGCGGUGACGUGCAGGACAAGGGCAGCGUCAAGGCGUUCCUGCCCUACCUGUACGUCGGUGUACAGCACUCCUUCCAGGACGUUGGUGUGAAGAGCGUGACGGAGCUUCGUGAGGGUGUCGCGGCGGGCAAGGUUCGCUUUGAGCUGCGUACCGCUAGCGCGCAGCUCGAGGGAGGUGUGCACGGUCUCAACUCGUACACCAAGAGGCUCUACAGUGCGGCGGCUUAGAUGUGUUUGGGUUUUAGCAUUUAGUGUAGUUGUGUUGUAUCUUGCAUAUCACUGUAGCAUUAUUCUUUUCGGGCAUCGGGUGUCUGUAGCAAUAUUAAAGGAUUUUCUGGGCAUACUGAGGCCAUGUCGGUGUGUUUGCUGGUCUAUUGUCC